UUUUGCCAAAGAAAAAUUCUCUUAAGUUUGCAUUGUUACUUGUAAAUAGAUUAGCUCACUAACUAAAACUAUGUAUAUUACUAGCUCAUAUAUCUUGUCUUAUUUCUAUUUUCUCGAAACUCGAAACCCCAUCGAUCUAGGCAUCUAGCCAUGAAUGAGCAGGUUGUCUCGGAUAGAAAGGGUUUGCUAGGCCAUAAUGAGGCCGGGAAUUAAUCCCAAAGUACAACGAUAAUGAUUUUUUGAUUUAUUAAUUUUUUUGCACGUUUUAAAAGUUCUCGGGACCAAAUUGAAACGGAUUCAAACUUUAGGAACGACUUUUCAAAAUACGACUUGAGACCAAUUCAUAUUCUGAAGAUUUGUUUUGAGUUGAAAAUCUUUUUAAAAAAUUGACAUUUAAUUGGAUUUCUGACGCGUUGAAUCUGGAUUAAUAGACACAUCCAGUUUCGUACUUGCCUUUUAUUUUUCUUUUUGGCAUCGAAUUUAUAUAUAUUAUGAUUAGGAAGAGAAACUAAGGGCAUGUUUCCAAUUAGUUAUACUUCAAACCGACAUAAGUAUGCUUAGGGUUUCGCAGCCGCUUUAAAGAGAUCCCUAUCUCCUUUGCUAUUUUGCGUAUUUCGUACGGGCUUCCCUCCUCUCCCUUCGUUUUCUAUCCUAAAUUUCAACAUGUAAUAGGUGAAAAUAUGGCUCUAACGGACGAAGAGAUCAAACAACUGUUCCUAGUCCAGCGGACAUUGAUGCAGAUGCUGAAGGAUCGUGGCUACUCUAUUGAGGAUUCUGAAAUUACAAUGACUCUAGGAGAGUUUAUUGAGAAAUAUGGUGAAAAUAUGAAAAGGAAGGCUCUUGUUACUCUCAAAGCUAAGAAAAAUGAUGACAAUGAUAAGCUCUAUAUUUUCUUCCCUAAUAAGGCCAAAGUUGGAGUCGCGGAUAUGAAGAAGUACAUAAACCGGUUGAAAUCUGAAAACGUUUUCAGAGCAAUUUUGGUGAAGCAAGAUAUAAAAGAAUUUUCUCGCCAUGCUCAGCUUUCUAUAGGUGCAGCCUAUCCAAAAUUUAAUAUUGAAGUUUUCCAGGAGAAGGAAUUGAUAGUGAACGUUAACCACCAUGUUUUUGUUCCUGAGCAUCAAGCUCUUACCACUGAAGAGAAGCAACAAUUUCUGGAGAGAUACACAGUGAAAGAGAACCAGCUUCCAAGGAUUCACGUGACUGAUCCAAUUGCAAGAUACUUUGGACUAAAACGUGGCGAAGUCGUCAAGAUCACACGUCAGAGUGAAACCUCUGGUCGUUACGUUACUUAUCGAUCGCUAUGUUAUAUAACCUAAACUGUUGGCAAUGAUUUAUUUUUAUUUUUAUUUUUUUCGGUGUAA